AGAGAGAGAGAGAGAAAGAGAGAGACGGGGUGGAGCAGCUGCACACUUCUUUAAAGCACACUGUAAUUUAAUGAAUGGACCUGGAAGUGUAGGAAAGUAUCUCAGCUGCGUGAGACAGACAAGCUGCGUUCACAAAACAAGGGAGUUUCAGUGAGUGAAAGUGAAUGGAUUUGAAGGAAAAAACUGUGGCUCUGGCCAGGCUGCUGCAUAAGGACUGCACCCAGUUACUGGAGUUAUACACUACUCGGGAAUCUCUGCCGUCUAACUCUGUAUCCGGGUCACAGUUGGUGUCCAUCCCUCCGCUAACAUCUCAACUCUCACCCUCUGAGAAAAUCUGCUUCCUGCACGCAGCUCUCCGAGCGUGUCUCCGUCUGCUGGACCAGGCCAUAACCCGCGAGGAUGCCAUCUUCCCUGACACACCUGAGGAUGAGUACACAAAACAGCGAAAAACUGUGAGAGAGCGACUGGAACACCUGGUGCUGAGCACAGAGCGCCUCCUGGUGGGGGGAAAGAGGUGUGACGCUGAGGCAAAGGACUUGGUGGAUAGUGAAGCGUUUGCUCUGAAGAAGUGGAUCCUCCAGGUUCUGCAGGAUCUUGUGUACUGGUCCAACAAGACAGCUGAAACUCUCCAGACCUUGCCUGCUCUCACGGCCAAGAAACCAGUGAGAACGAGAAGAGAAACAAGAAGGAUGGAGGCACGCAAACUACGCAAAUAAACAUCUACCAAGUGUGUGUAUUAGGGAGAGAGAGAGAGAGAGAGGAAGAGACAGACAGACAGAUAUAGAGAAAUAAUGUAAUGAGAGAGAGAGAGAGAGAGAGAGGAAGGGUUUAAAACAUAUACAUAUAAACCACAGUUGAACCACUUUAGUAAAGUAACACAACAUUUCCACAGACCCACAUGACUAAUAACAGUGAUGGUGAAGGCAGUUUUAUUAUUAUUUACUUUAUUCAGAUUUAAUUUCUAUAUUUUGUCGCCCUCUACUGGACAAAACACAUUAUCACAUUACAAAAUAUGAGCUUUCCAGCUUUUGGCUCAGCUUUUGUAGUAUAAAUCAGGAGGAUAUUGUAUAGUUUAUUAACUUAAAGGGCAUUUAAAUUUUUAUUUCAAAUAUCAGUAAUACUUAUUUAUUUUAUUCCUUUGUUGUUUGACGUGUUAUAGUCAUACAACAUAGAUACCGUCUGCAAAAUAUCGUGAUAUAUAAGUUUAAAUCGCCUUUCCCUAGCGUCCAGGAUGCCUAUACGCCCUAACUGUCACCAAAUUUACAUCAUUUAUUUAUUUUUUGGUUAUAUAUAAAUGUUCAUGUAGCUAACAUAUCAAAAAGUCAUGUUUAGGACGGUUCCUGUUUCCUUGACGCGAGAACACUGUUGCUAGGCAACUGGGAAAUAUGGACGCCACGCAUAACCUAGCUAGCUAAUCACUGAGGCUAGCGAGUAAAAUCUUUUAUACUUACAAAAUCUUAGUUAUUGUAAAGGUGCAGUGAGUGUAGAAAACAUACAGAAUUAUCAGAAAUAUCAACAUUUACCUCAGAUGUGUUGAUAAAUUACUUAGAAAAGACUUCCUAAGACUAGAAUUACAUUUUAAUUCCAGUUAGCAUUGACCGCUAACACAACUCCCACAGGUUCAGCCGCGUUCACAAAUUAAAACUCCUUAAAAGAUUUUUUUAUCAAUCAAAACUAUUAAGGAAUAUUUCAGUGUACAGUAUAUUAAAUUUAAAUUUAUGAUUAUUAUUAUUAUUAUUAUUAUUAUUAUUAUUGACAAUAAAUACAUUAUAAUACAAUGAAAAAAGGACAUUUAAUUUAUGGCAUUUAAUUAACAAAUAAUUUAAUUAUUAAUACUUUAUUUACUCAUUAAUAAGUUAAAUAAUGACAUGUUGCACAAAGUAUACAUUUAAAUGUUUGUUUAUUUAAUUAUAAAAAUAUUUAUUUCAAUGCUAUGUCUUUUAAAUAGUCUGAAAUAUUAAAUAUUGGGCUGUAACGCUGUUGUUAUGAACAAUCAUCACCUAAAGCGCCUAGUAAACAAAACAUUUUAGGAAAAUCAGAAAGAAUCAGAAAGAAUCAGGAACAGUUAGACGUCUGGUUUGUUUUUGUUAGAUUUUGUGCUUGAAUACUUGCAGUGUGUGAGAUCUGCAACACCACAAGACCAUUACAAGUUUAUUCUUGAAAUAUUAGCACCUUUUUCAAAUAUCAAUAUUGUGAUUUUAUUCCCUGAAUGUCAAAAUCUAUGACUUUGUUUAUCAAAAGGUUACUAAUUUGUUUAGGAAGUAGUGCAUUUUAUUUAUUUUUUUUAAACUAGUGACACCAAAACACUGUUGUACUAAUGAACAUGGUCACAAAAAGGUUUAUUCAACAUUCGACACAAAAGUGGGAAGUCGGAAUUACGUCAUUUUUGUAAGUUUGAGCUACAAAGUGGGGGAAAAAACAUGGAUGCCUCGUUUGAUUUAUGUUAUCAACGAGCUAGCCAGCUAACUGUGAUGAGUGAUGUAUAUUUACCUCCUCAAAACAGUGAGUCAGUGUUAUAGAUUUAACAAGCGAAUGUAUCUGUAUGUUGAUCGAUCUAAAGCUUAUGCUUGUAUAUACAGUAUAACUCAUUUAAAGGUAAAAAAGUGUUACUUUGUUUACUGCUGAUGCAGUGAGCAGCCAUCUUGAUUUGAUGUCACUUGCUGAACUCGAGGGUGAGAAGACCGUCCCUUGUUUAUGAGUAGUUAUUUUGAGUAGAGAGGAUGAUUUCUUUGGUUUUUCCUAGCCUGAUGUCCGAAAGCCAAGUUACGUGUUUUAGUCGAAUGCCACAAUAGUGUCAUGCCCAUUUUUAGUGCAGCAAUGCCCCCUGGUGGACCCACUGAGAAUGUAAAUUGGACGAAGAGAAAACAUGUUUAUUGACACCCAAAACAUUUUUAUAAAAUGGCAGACACUGAACAAAGACACACUCUUUUUUGUUUUAUUCGAGGCAUGUCAGAUAAUAUAUUAUAUUUUUAUUAGAUUGAAUGUAAACAUCGUAAUAUAGUGAUUUAGAUUAUUACUGCUGUAAACAUUUAGUCACUUUUAUUCACUGUUAAGAAACACAUUCCUGUCCAUUAUGUUCUGAAAACAUACUUCCUGUUAUUUUUACAGAAUUAGUGGAGCUUCCAAGCUUUUGGAAUAUGUAAAAGUCACACAUUAAUACUACACACUAGUCGAGUGCUCAGAGUGGAUUUGACCAGGUGAACAAAAGUAACACAAACUAAAUUAACACUAAAAAUGCGUUUUAACCAUACAUUCACACUAGCACGCAACAAACAAGCGUUCUUUCUAUAUACAUUUUCUACAUACAUGUGCAAACGAUUUCUCGAAUGACUCCUCAGACCAAACCUACAGCGCAUGUGGUGCAACGUUUCUUCAGUUCCAUGCUCACAAUUUUAGCUCCUGCAAAUAGUUCUCAUUUACCGUUAGACAUAAAAAUGGAAGGAAAACAUAUAACUGUGGUUUAUAUGUGUAUAGAGACAUUAUGAAGAAAAAUAAAGCCUGAAAAGAAGUAGCAGGGAUUGUUGGUGUCUCUGGUGAGGGUAUGUAGCUAGUACAGAUAGCUCGCUUUGCUAAUCUAAUCUGAGUAUGUAGCUAGUACAAAGCCGAGCACAUAACGUGUAAAUCGAACAAUCGAUUUUCACACUGAUUAGUGCAUUAUUUAAUUUGUGUUUAACUAGAAAGCUUUAGACACUAUAUCUAGCUACUGCAGUUUCUUAUCUGAGCUAAAAAAAAAAAAAGCUGGACAGGCCACGCCCACAAGCGAUAACAGUAGCAGUCUCUACAUAGCAACAAGUGGCACUUGAAAUCAUUCUGCCUGUUUCUCUCUGCUUCCGCUCAUUUUAUGCUGCUAUUUGCUAGCCAAGCUGGAAAUGUUGAGAACUUUUCAGAUGGGCAACCACGUUCUCGUUCCUCCUCUCUUAUUGCGUCCUGUGUGAAAAGCCCUUUCCACUGACUCUGCUUAAAUCUGUUACAUAUGCGCACCUUUACUCUUGUUUUUUAUCUGAAUAUACUGAGCAGAUAUCUGAGAGAUUUAUCUAAAAGACUGAGAAAUCUCUAUAUACAUGUGACCAUCGUAUGAUGUUAGAAAUAGAGAUAACACACCUGCGACUACUGAUAUAAUGAUCUCUGUUAUCUUUACUAUUUUCCUCAUUUUAGAUUUCUCACAGGAUCACUAAUCUGUUCAUACAUAGGCAUUAACUGUUUAUAUCUGCCUUAGAAACAAAAUUCCAGCAUGAGCCUUUAUCAAAAUGUCUUUAAAAUGAUGCAAAAUGUAGCCUACAUGUUAUUGUGUGUCAAAGUGAUUGUGUUUUUGUAUAUCUGUUUUGUAUCUUUUAUCUUUAUAUACAUUUAAAUAUACAGUAUAUACAAAAUUGUAUAUAUGAUUGUAUAUUAAAAUUGUAUGACUGCUUUUCACUUUAA